CUUCCUUCGGACUUUCUGGUCUAGUGACAGAAGAUAAAGUUGCAGGAACUAAUUUGGCUGAAUGCGACGUCAUGAGUGCAAUAAUGGAAUCAGCCGUUGGUGAAAGAUCGUGAGAAAAUUUUCGACGUGGUGACGUCUAUGUCAGCUGGGCAAACGAUUGUCAGCUGGGACAUGCGCUACCCUGCAGCGUUCACAUACAACCCUCAAAACAGUAGAGAGUCCGCGUCACAACAUGCACAGCUCAACAUGAAGCUCGCGCAAGUAGUCGUGAAGUUUACGUCGUCCCUCAGCAGCACUGGCACCGGAACUCUCUCCCAAAUCUGGUUGCCUUCUAUUUCUGAAGAUGGCAGCGUCGUGCUGGGCACUCAGGGAGUGCCAUUCUCUGUGUCUGGGACAGUGGACCUACUGGCACUAUUCAGAUGCAUAUCUUGCCGCUUCAAGUUCACAACCGAUGUGACAGACCCGAGCAACAUGGGGGUUGUUGGUAGAGUAUUUGCUUCCGGGGAGCCGGAGUUCAGUCACAAUGUGCAGACAUACAGCAAAAGCGUCUACCUGCGGGUGUCCGACGCACAGCGAUGUCGGGUUCACAGCACCAUGCUGCUCCCCAUGUACAUGGAUCCACAGCGCGACCAUCCGUUUGCGGUGUUUGAAGUGUGCCAAACUGAGAAGAACGUCCUCUUUCCAUCGUUGGUUGACCUCUUCCAGCGCUGCUUGGAGGACGUGAAUCUGUACACGGUGGACAUCGAGAAGCACUCCAUGGGCAUUGGGCUCCGGUGCUGGCCCUCAAGCCUGGACUAUACAGGCAAAGAUUCUGCCAGCGUGGCAACAUUUGCGCCUGAGGCAGCUGCUUGCACUGACAUGGAGACACUAUGCAGUGCCGACAGCCUGCAGAGGCUGAAGGCUGCCUCUGUCAAUGGUGCCACCGACGUUCAUGGCGAGGAAGUGCUCAGGGCCAGCAGCGGGGUAGGAGGUGGUAAGAGCGAGGGGAUGGCGCGCCUUGUCAGCGUGGGCAACCGCCUGGAGCUCGACCUGGAGCCCUUGCUGAUGACGUCCAAGGGUGGAGGAGGAGGAGGAGGAGGGAAUUGCGGCCUUGAGUCCGGGACACAAGGGAGCGAAGCCCUCGGGAGCAGAAGACCUCCCAUGCGGCUUGAAGUGGGUUUGCCGGCUGCUGCCGCAGCCUUGCUAAACGGGUUUGAUGGCGACAAAGCGCGCUUGAAAGGGCAGCUCUCGUCCUUCGGAUUACAAUACGCUGCAGUGCCUCCACGAGACAUGGCGCAAUUCGGAGUGGGUCUCAGGGAGGCAGCCGCCAACCUGCGCAUCUGCCCGACCACUCUCAAGCGAGCAUGCAGGAGGCAUGGCAUCACGAGGUGGCCCCGGCGGCAGCUCGCAAAGCUGAACCGAAGCGAGGGCUCCAAGAGCGACGGCUCUGGGGACCUGCCCAAUAUCAAGGUGGAGGGGUCGUAUAGGUCUGCAGCGCGCUUGUCCGGCCAGCAACCGGCAGUCAGCAGCGCCGCCAGUCCUCGCACAUCAGCCCAGCUCGGGGCUGAACGCAGAGAAGGCGUGACCACACGCUCAUUCAGCGCAGCAACAAGCGCUGGACGCCCAGCAGCGCCGUCGGGCUCGUCGCCUGGCAUCUUUUCUCCUCUGGACUUUCCCCCCGACAUGCAGCAACAACCCUUCUACCUCAGCGGCAAUCCCAGCAGCACCGGUAUCUUGGACCUCUUUCAGAGCAUUGGCCCGUCAGGCUCUGCUGGCAUGGAUGAUCUGGAGGCAUUGCAGGAACGGGACCCGGAAUUCUAUAAUUACCUAAAACAGACAGAUAGCGGACUGCUGGACUUCAAAGAAGAUGACAGUGAUGAAGAGGAGGCAGGAGGGACUUCAGAAAGCAUUCAGGACGGUGAGGAAGAGGAAAGAGGGAACGAGCGCUUGCCAGUGAUAGAGAGCGGAGCCGCUGAAGAGCAGCUUGAAGAUCAGGAGAUCUUGACACCUAAAACUCUUGAUGCAUGGUGCUUAGAGGCCACGCAACAUGCAUCCUUGCGCGCAAUGCGCAAGCUUCUCAAGGUGUUUCGGGUGGCCUGCCAUUAUGGCGAUUCAGAGGCGGAGGUGCACGAGACCCUGCGGGCGACCAGUAGCUCUGUCUUUAACAAGCUGCUGAUCUUCAUGCUGAAGGAGGCGGAUGGCAUCUUCAGGAACUUGCUGGACUUACCAGACGAUGCCGCAAUUCUCAGCAGCUCCUUCAAGAAGACGAAAAGUGGCAUGCUGGUAUUCAUCCUGCGGAAGCUGAGGACCUCCAUCCCAUUCAUGGGCUAUUUCCAGCGCCUGCAGCGCAAAUACAUGCGGCAGGCCAUCAGCAUCUUCAGCACCAAUGAAGCUGCGCCCCGAGUGCAGGCGCUGGUGUUUGUCCGCCAGAUGGCUGUGAUGCUCCCAGAGCCUGCCAUGGACCAGGCCGUGAAGGUGAGUGCAAAUGCAAUCAUUUGA